AUGAUUGUAGGAUCAGAGGCGGAAUAUGAUCGUAGGACUCUAGGAUCAGAGGCGGAGUAUGAUCCCGGGAUGUUGGAUCAAAGAUUAUUGGGUGAUUAUGCCGUGUCCCUACUUGCUUUUGUGUCAGACUGGAAGACUGGAGGGCUGGAAAAAUUAAAGAACGAAGCAAUGAGGAUUAUCCUAAGAUACCUUCAUACUGCCCAAAUUGUAAACAUGAGGAACGAACGUGAUAUUCCAAGCAUCAGAGAUUGUGUCACUGAAAGAAAUGUCCUCAUUGGGUCCUGCCUCUCUAAGCCUUUCUCUCUCUCUCUCAGCCCUGCUUCCUUGAGCCAUGCCUCACUGAUCCCUGAUCCCUGCCUCAGACACCGGCCAGUAACCACUGUCUCUGUCUCUCCCGUGGUGGUCGCGACUACAGCUGACGGGGAGACACGAGACGACGCCAUCGCCACCAAUCACCGUCUGCGUGCUGUGAGGAACAGGCUGGAGGAGGCGCACGAGACAGCACGGGGCGCACUUCUCACCCUGCACACCCAAUACAACCAUAGCAAGACCACCUGGAACGUCUUCACCAGGUACACCCUCCUCAAGGCCAUGAUCAAGGAGGUGGUGCGGUUGGAAACUGAGUACUGGCAGAUGCUGGAAGUGCCUCGUCAGGAAAAGCAGGAGCCUGUGCUCUCAUACGUGCUACGAGCGUGUUCAAUCAUCGAGAAGAGCCAGAGGUCGCAGGAACAGGCGGAGAAGGCACGCGCAGCCGAUGAGGAGGAAGAGGAAAGGAAGAGAGAGAACGCUCAGAGGUUGAAUGGGAUGACCACAUCACAGAUCCUGGAGGAGAACAAUUCCCUGACCAAUGAACUCUACCGACACCUGAGGAAGUAUUCUUCACUGAGGACUCUCAUGAGGGAGCUCAAGGACGACUACGUUGAGAGCAAAAUGUACCCCAUCAUUCCCCGGUACUUCAUGUUGAAGGAGAUGAUUCGUGAUGUGAUGCGAGACCCGGCGUUCGUGGAGAUCUGUCAGGAAGCCACUCAGAGCCCCCCCACGGCAGCCUCCUAGUGGGUCACCUCUUGAGAUACUGCAGGUUUUGCCACGUAAGAGAAUAUCAUGAGGGAUACAUCCCAUCUUAACAUUUCUUUAGGCAAGAAGAGUCUGGAAUAAUAUUUUGCUAGAUUAAAUACCUCUGUUAGUGGGUCAUCUUUGUUUAGAAGUUUGUAAUGCUUAGAAAAUAAGGUGAUAUUUGGUGUAGAUUUUUGAAAAAUUAGCAACAGUGGUAAGAAAAAUGACAUUUUCCAUUAAAAAUAUGUUUCAGGUUGCUAUAGUAUUUGAUGAAAAUAAUAGACAAGAUAUUAUACAAAAAGUUUUCUUGUUAGAUACCAUAUAGUGAGAAGUCUGAUGGAUGAUUUUUAUUAUAAAAAAUGUAUUAUAAGAUAUAGUAUAUUCUGAAUGAAAUACAAACCCACAUUUGGGUCAUCCAAAGAAUUUAUAGUACAGUAUAAUAAAGCCAAAGGAAAUAUCUAUUUUUCUUAUAUGAAUUUUGUGUAUGAUACAGAUACAUAUACGAGCAAGAAAGGACAAAAGUGAUUAAGAAUUACAACAUGACUUAUUUGAGGCUAUUACUAUAGUGUGAUAUAUUAAAUAAAAAGUAGAAAAUGUGUUAAAUACUCAGGCCAGUCUAUGGUGAAUCCAGAAUCUUGUGGUUUCAGGGAACACAUUUCAGCAAGGCAAUAUUUAUACAGUUAUAAUUAUUAAUUACUAUUAUUCAAGCAAUGACGGCAUUAAGUUUUUGAAUCGCAUGAAAAUUAUUUUUUAGUGAAAUGCACAUACUAUUUAUAUUGUAAGAACUGUUAGAUAUAAAAAGAGAAAAACAUAAUACGAGUAGGCCUACUGCUGUGGAUGCAGUAGGUUCCAUAUGACAGUACCUUGUGUGAUAUCAUAGUAUCUAGGAAAGAUACAUUCUUGCACUUCAGAGGGUUGCUUGAAUUGUGAUGCUCAUGCAAUGUUGGAGAGAGAGCUGUUGAGUGAGUGAUGGUGAAUGUAUUUCUUUGGGUCACCCUCUGAGGAAAGAGUAAACAAUGUAUGCUAAUAUACCUAAUCGACAGUUAUUCAAACUCACAUACUGUCCUGAUCAAUUCCAAUUCACAAUUCAGUGUAGGUAGGACCCUCCUGUCUGAUACUUCAGGUAUUCAGCUGUCUCUAUCUUAUAUUCUAGGUCAAUUUUAGAAAAUUACACAAAGUUACCAAUAAACAACACUCACCAUUUUUCAUUAGUAAGAGAAGGGUCCAUACGCUCUCUUCUACUGUAAAUCUGCUAUGGGCUUUAUUUUAAUUUUAAAAGCAUCCAGUGGCAGAUUGUUGGUUUAAUGCUAUAGAAACUCAAAGUUAAGAAAAAUAUUUUUUAUCUCAAGAUGACAAAAUUUGUAAGACAAAUAAUUUAAACUGAUAAAAUACAUGGUAACUGAGAAGUGGAUUGUUGAAGCUAUAAGGUGAAAUAGAAGUUAGGAUAAAAUUUUCUAAACUAAUGUCUUUAAUUAUUAUGCCAGUAACACUGCUACAUAAAAAAAAAAUGCCCUCAAAAUUCUGUAAAAAUUAUUUUCACCAUUUGUAGUCCUUAGUGCUUUAGAAUAAUAGAAAUAUAAAAUAACUGCACCAACAUUUUACAUAUAUUUUUAUUAAGUUUAAGACCCACCCCAUAAUAAAAUUCUGACUACAAACCUGGAAAUCUUGCUCUGCAGACUUCUAAUUGAGAAUGUUUAAAGUGUGAAACAUUAUUAAAUGAAUGCUCUCAUGUUGAAUAUCAUUAUAUUUGUGUAUUUAAAUUUUAUUGUAAGAUAUAAUGGACAUCACUAAACCAUACAGGAAGAUUUAUUGAAACUUCUGUUCAGAUAUGUACCAUAUUUAAAUUAUUUUAAUCAUAAUCAAAAUUGUGUUUACCAUUAGUGAUCUUUGAACUGAAUCACUAAAUGAAUACUAGGUGCAGAUUCUGGAAUGCAAGUUAAAACACACCUAAAAUGUUACAAUCUGCCAGGACGGAAAAAAUCUCGAGAUCAUCAUUAAAAUGAAAAUUGUAGUCAGAUAAUUAUCUCAGUCAUGGGCAGUUGUCAACUCAGAGGAUGGGCUCAUCUAGACCUGUUAUCAUAACAUGAACAAGAGGAUAUUCCUGAGCACCACAAAUACCAUCAGCCUUCUAUGCUUACCACACAGUCAGACUUGAACUUAAUGUUCUUCUCUUUAAUGAUACAGUACUGUACUUCAUUUGACUGCAGUGUGUACCAUUUUGAAUUAUGUUUAACAUAUGAUUAACACAAAAGCUUGAAUCACCAGUUGUGAGGUAGUUUGUGUAUUAUUGUUAAUUAUGUUUGAUAUAUGAAUAACACAAAAGCUUGAAUCACUGUCAGCUAGUUUGUGUAUUAUUGUUAAUUAUGUUUGAUAUACGAAUAACACAAAAGCUUGAAUCACCAAUUGUUAUCUAGUUUGUGCAUCAUUGUUAAUUUUGCUUAACAUAUGAAUCACUUGAUUGUCAGCUAGUUUGUGUGUAAUAUUAAACUGACUGUGUUUAACAUAUGAGUGACACAGACUUGAUGUUGUUAUAAAACCAUGGACCACUGAUUGUCACGUAGUCUGUGUGGAAAUUUUGUUAAAAAAUUGCCAUGUUAGUUAUAAUGCAAAAUUAAUAAUAGGCCUAAAAUUUUGAGUAACUCAGUUGAACUGUUUUAUCUUGAGGGUAAAUCUCAUAUUUCUUAAGCAUUUGCACCCCAAAUUAAACAUAACUGAUACAUAAUGCUUUACUUUUUUAAAUGUUCGAAUUUCUCUUUGCAGUCAACCAGUGUUCUGAAUGAAUGAAUGAUUUUUCAUAUGCUAUGUGGCACAUUUAUGAAAGUCAGUUUAAAGUGUACCUAUAAUAUAUAAUAAAAGACAAAAGAAAAUUAGUGAUGUAUUCAAACAUCAAUGGGCUAUCUUAAAAAAUACGAAGUAUAUAAACUGGAUUGUUACAAAAGUAACAAAAUCUUGAUUUAAUGGACCCUGAUUAACAAAUUUCAGACUUAAUGGACAAAGUCUCUUUAAUGAGAGUUGUCUGAUAUUGCUGCAGUCUGUUGGGCAAAUUAAUUUUGGAUUUAACAGACAAAGUCUGUUAAAUCCAGUACUGUCCAUUAUUUUCAAGAUGACAUAAAAACAAUCUUAUCAUUCAGAUAUAAUGGACAUUCAGCUUUAACAAACACCUCCUUUUCCUUACUAGUACAAUGAACAAUUAGUUAAAUAUAUGCUGGUAUAAUUUGUAUCUCUCAGAAAGAUUUUAAAGUUUCCAGAAUCUGCCCUCGACUUACUUAUGUCAAGGGCUUUCUAUAAAACCAACUGGAACAGUUUGCAUUGAUGCUGAAGCAUUAAUAUAGCUAUACAAUAGUUAUUAAAAUAAUAGUAGAACUUAGUGCUAAAGAAUUAAAGUAUUUUUGCUAAAGGUAAGUGCGAGGAAUAAGGAGUGAAGAAGUAUUAUCUAUUGUUUUGUGCCAAAAUAUGAUCGUAUCUGUAUAUUCUUGUAAGCAUGACGAACUUAGAAUAUGAGCACUUUUACCUUGAUGUACGUUCUUUAACACAAACACAAGCAAACAAACAUACACACACACACGAACAGAAAAAGUGCAAAGGUUUGCAACAAGACUAGUCCCAGAGCUAAGGGGAUUGUCUGACAAAGAAAGUUUAAGGGAAAUCAGCCUGAUGACACUGAAGGAUAGGAGGAUUAGGGGGGACAUGAUAACGACAUAUAAAUUACUGUGAGGAAUUGACAAGGUGGACAAAGGAUAUUCCAGAAAUGGGACACAGAAACAAGGGGUCACAAUUGGAAGUUAAAGAAUCUGAUGAGUCAAAGAGAUGUUAGGAAGUAUUUCUUCAGUCAUAGAGUUGUCAGAAAGUGGAAUAGCCUAGAAAGUGAUGUAGUGGAGGCAGGAACCAUACAUAGUUCUAAGACAAGGUUUGAUAAAGUUUAUGGAGCAGGGAGAGAGAGGACCUGGUAGCAAUCAGUAAAGAGAUGGGGCCAGGAGCUAUGACUUGACCCCUGCAACCACAAAUAGGUGAGUACACACACACACACACACACACACACACACACGAGAUGAGGUUUGAUAAAGUUCAUGGAGCAGGGAGAGAGAGGACCUGGUAGCAAUCAGUGAAGAGAUGGGGCCAGGAGCUGAGUCUCGACCUCUGCAACCACAAAUAGGUGAGUACACACACUUGAUAAAAAAUAAAAUAAUGCACACACUAAUGCAUAUACAGUAUACACACUCAUGCAUACAUACAUCCACAGGCAUGCAUGCACAGGCAUGAAAGUAUUAGGAUGCCUUAGAGGUUUAGUUCUAUGUAUAAAUUUAUUAUUUUUUCAUAAGAUUGCCAUUUAGAAAAUUAGAUAAAGAAAAGGUAAAGCUAAUCUUUAUCUCAUAUGUAAGACUAAGUCUUGAAUAAACAGUGCAAGUGUGGAACCUUCCUUAGUACAACAUUAAAUAAAACUAUAGAAGACCAGAAAAAGCUCAUCCAGACUAGAGCUGAAGUUGAAGGGAAAGGAAAAAGCUGUGAGGAAAGAGAGUUGAGCUAGAGCUUCUGUGGCAAGAAGAUUACAAACAAUAAGGAACAUGAAGUCAGAUUAAGUUGUAAUAAACAAGUAUCAGUGAAUAAACAGAAAGGUGGAUGAGGGGAGUGAACCGUGAUCUGUAAAUUGACAGUGCGGCGCUCUACCGUCUCCACCACCAGGCUUACAGGAGAAAGGAAACGGAACUAGUGCUUACUGUACUACAUUCCAUCAAGAGGCACCAUCAGGAGCCCAAUAGGGAACAUGAUUACAUGCUAAAUACUCUGGAACAUUAGCAGGAUAGGCAUUUUACCAGAGAAGCGGUUAGUACAAGAGGAUAGGUGGAAACUACAAACCCAAAUGAGAGACGGACACUUAAGAAAAAGUUUUUCAGUACAGUGGACCCCCGCCUUACGAUAUUAUUUCAUUCCAGAAGUCUGUUUGGGUGCCGUUACCGACUGAAUUUGUUCCCAUAAGGAAUACUGUGAAUUAGAUUAGUCCGUUUCAGACCCCCAAAAAUACACGUACAAAAGCACUUACAAAAAUACACUUAGAUAAUUGGUCGUGUUGGGAGCUGAUCGUAAGGCGGGGGUCCACUGUAUAAGAGUAUGACAGAUUGGUGCGAUUUGGUCAGUUAAAUUGACUCAUUACAGGAUAUUAGAAGUAGAUAAGUCUUGUCUAUUUCCCCAUACAUACAUACAUGCAUACAGUAUAAAUAUCCUCUUCUCUGUUUUCUCCAGUACAGGAAAAUUUAAGCUUGCUUUCUUGACAAAACUUUCCUUCACAACAGUGGUUUACAGUUCAAGUGUGCAUGUGUGUGCUUGUGUGUGUGCACCAAAAUUUACAUUUACAGAUACAUGUAUUACAGUUUAUGAAGAGACUAAGCUAUUAAACACAGUCGAGCACUGGAAGUUUAUGUGAUACUUCAGAUAGUCAGAAUGUUUAAUGUGGUACUUGAACAUUGAUGUGGUUUUCUUUGAUUUGCAUUGUAAUGUUUUGCCAGUUAUUUCUUGAAAUUUUCUCUUAGAUUUUUACAGUUGGUUAAAUAAGAUGAUUAUAAGCUUAGAAUACCUCCGACCCUAAUCAGUCUGAACUUUCAGUGCUCAACUGUGUACAGGUAUUGUGCACCUCUGUAAAAUAUUGCAGAGCUAUUCUGAGCUAUUUAAUUGAAAUGCACAAAUAAGGAGUUUUGAAAUAAUCUUGGCUGGUACAACUCUAGAUAAAACUUUAACCCACGUAAAACUAAGAGGAUAAUAUUCUGUCUAUAGUAUCAGCCAGAGAGGUUUUACAGAAAUUCAGAAUUUUGUGUAUUAGUCAGAUAUACUCGAUGAACUUUUGACUACUAUGAUGCUUUGUCAUUAAAAGCGAUAUUUUCCUUAGAGAAAGAUUUUAUAUCUAUGGUAAUGCUGAUUUUACUCUUAAGCUUAACUUUGUAAAAACAUGUGGCACUGCACGAGGCUCAGUGUUCUCAGCCUCAACAGCGCUAAGCCAUAUGACAUACUGCCACAAAAUAAUGUUCCAUUGUUGCUAGUAGAUCUGGGUAGUGUUCAGGAGAUGCUCUUAAUUUCAUCCCCAUGCACUCAUAACAUUGCUCGUAAAUCUGUACACUCAAAAAUCAAGUCAAAAUACUCUAGCUAAUUACAGUAGUCAUGUACAUUAUGUAUGGAUGUUUAAAAUUAUAUAUGUUUGCCUCUAGAAUGCUACCCUAAGAGUAAUAUAAAUAAUGAUAUUUUUCUUUACCCUUCUUGGGUGAAGACCAGAUCAGUGUUAGGUGAGUGUUGUGUAAGUUAACGACAAAGCUACGCUUAAGAACUUGUAUGUCAUGCUUUCUGUACCAUGUUUUUACAAUAAUGUAUCCCCUUCUUUGCUAUGGCAUUUUCCUUAUAAUUAUGCAACAAAUUUCUGCAUGUACAAUAUAACAAUCACAUUUGUAUGCCUAUACAGUACCAGAGCAAAAGAGGGAAAAAAUGCUUGAAAAGCAAAUAGAGGCCUAUUCAGAAAUUAGUAAUUCAUUUAAUGCCUUGAAUGGUAAAAUUAGUUAGAUUUUAUAAAAGACAAGGGUAAUAAUACUGAUUUCAAGUUAAAAAUGUGAAUCUGUCUUGGAUGUUCAUACUCAUCAUAAUAGUUUAUCUUCCAUCAUACUAGUUUAUCUUUUCAUAAUUGUCAUCACCUCAAUAUUUUUUCUACCCAGUCUAUUCAUUGUUUUUGAUGGCAUUUCAAGCAUACAAACUAGUUUUUCCCUGUGCAUUACACAGCAUUUUCUUCCUUAUUCUCUGACUGCCCCACCAUUGAUAAGUUGCUGAAUUUUUUGUUACUUCCUUAUUGGCUGUUACUAUUGCCAUCCCAUGAACCUCAGGGAACAUUUUUUCAAAUGUUUACCUUGGUGGGCUUCCCUAACUGUACUUGAGGAAUCUGCCUUAAAACCUUCCACUUGGGGCCAUUACUGGUAUUUUCAAGAAAAUCAGGGCCCAUCUGAAUACACUGUAUAGCAUUAUUUUUUGUAAAAUUUUAGUAUUGAUUCUGUCAGUAGAAUAUAACCAUAAAGACCCGAUGUGACCUUACCAUAGGAAUCAUAAUAUCAGUAAUAUUAAUUAUAAUUCAAAAUAAUUUCAAGAUAAUUGUCAUUAAAUAACCCUCUUGUUCAGUAGUGUGAUGUGAUAUAGUGUUGUGAAAAUGAAAGUGAAGGAAGUCAUAAUUUUAAUUGUAUAAUAAACAACAAGCAUUUGUAGUCAGUGUUAUAUAAUACUGAAAACCAACUGGUGCUGCCAUAUGCAAAAAUGGUUUUUACAACUUACAUAAUUUAAUCUUUACACUCAUGCACCUCAGGAAGACUGCUGUAUAAUUUUGUCACACAUCCAUUUGGUUGAUUUUAUAAUUAUUGUAACUUACUGUUAUACAUUCAUGUACAGUUUACAGAGUGCAGGCAGGUCCCACUUUACAGCGUUUCACUAUACAGUGUUUUACUAAUACAGUGCAUUUCAAUUAUAUACCCAUUCUUCAUUUAUUCAGAUUUCCUAGGUGUCCCAUAGCUCGAUCGCUAGUGCACUCAGCUCACACACUGAGGUCCAGAGUUUGAAUCUCCAAUAUGGCUGGAAAACAUUAGGGACGUGAUUUCAUAAGACACUUAACUGUCCCUGUUCACCCAUCAGUAUAAAUGGGUACCUGGGUGUUAGUCGACUGGUGUGGGACAAAACUUGCAUAAUUUGCCUGAAAUGCUCAGCAUAACAAGCGGUUUUCUAUAAAGUAGUAUGUCAUUGAUGUCAGCUAUGCCUGUAUACCUUGUACAUGUACUUGUAGAAACGAAGAUGUUAUUAUAUUAUUAUUAUUAUUAUUAUUAUUAUUAUUAUUUUAUUAUUAUUAUUAUUAUUAUUAUUAUUAUUAUAAUUAUUAUUAUAAAUGCCACUCACUAUAAGCUAAGGAUGAAAAUAUAUUAAGUAAUAUAUGUACUGUAUAUGCAUUUUUUAGGCCUAGCCAUAUUAUUCAUAGUGUAAACAUGUUAUCAGGCUUAUAUAUGCAUUUACAAGUGAAAAAAAAAAAGAUUCACUUUACAGCGAUUUUUGCUUUACAGCAGUAGCCCGGAACCUAAUCUGCUGUGUAAGUGGCGCCUUCUUGUACUUCCUUUUAAAAUCUGAACAAAGUGAUCAGUUUAAGUUAAAACACUGUAUAUCCACUUCAGGUACAUGGUUAUGAUAUAUGCUACAAUCUUUUCAGUCGUUUGUUGUACUUCUCUUCUCCUUUGUUCACUUUCAGUACUCUCUCUAAUGAAAACUCUCAUACUUCCCUAAUGAACUUAUUCCCAUAUUUUCUAAUGAACUUUCCCAUACUCUAAUGAGCUCUCUGCCAUCUGUAAUAAGCUCUUUCCCAUACUCUCUGUGAGCUCUCUCCCAUAUUCUCUCUCUAUUGAACUUUCAUAUGCUCUCUAUAAUGAACUGUCACUCAUACUCUCUGUAAUGAGCUCUCUCUUCCAUACUUAAACUAUUCAAUUUCUUAAGCAGGUUACAUUACCACCACAAAUGUAAACAGCCAUAAAACACAUGAAACUUGAUGGUCCAAAGCAUGAUAACUGAUUUUUUUGUUUAUAGUUUGUUUAAUAGUUAUCCACAGAAUAGUUGUUUUCUUUUAUGAACUGUGCAUAUACUAUUUGUGGCAACUAUAGGGUAAGCAUAGCAUUGUACACACACUUCUUAAGUGUCUAUCCGUGGCAGCUAUUGAGGGAGAAGUCUAGGCAUGGUAGCAGGAAGUGCCACUUCCCAAACCUGGUAGCAGGAAGUGCCAUUGCCCAAGCCUGGUAGCAGGAAGUGCCACCUGCCCAAGCCUGGUAGCAGGAAGUGCCACUGCCCAAGCCUGGUAGCAGGAAGUGCCAUUGCCCAAGCCUGGUAGCAGGAGGUGCCACUUCCCAAGCCUGGUAGCAGGAAGUGCCACUGCCCAAGCCUGGUAGCAGGAAGUGCCACUGCCCAAGCCUGGUAGCAGGAAGUGCCACUACUGAGGCAUGAUAGCAGUAAGUGUCACUCCCCAGGCAUGGUAGUAGGGAGUGCUACUUCCCAGACAUGGUAGCAGGGAGUGCUACUGCCCAGACAUGGUAGCAGGAAGUGUCACUGCUCAGGCAUGGUAGCAGGAAGUACCAUUGUUGAGCAUGGGUUUCCUACAUGUAACAGGUGAAAAGAAAUCACAGUCAUUACACAUUGUUAUCAUGCCUUUACCUCCUGAUACAUGGUGAAUUACCUGGAAUAUACCUGGAGAGGGUUUUGGGGGUCAAUGCCCCCACAGCCCGGUUUGUGACCAGGCCUCAUGGUGGAUCAGGGCCUGAUCAACCAACUGUUACUGUUGGCUGCACGCAACCUGAUAUACGAACCACAGCCCGGCUGGUCAGGUACUGACUUUAGAUGUCUGUCCAGUGCUUUCUUGAAGACAGCUGGGGUCUAUUGGUAAUCCCCCUUGUCUAUAUGUGGGGUGUAUUGUCUCACAGAUGUUACUGUAGAUGGUAAGUGUUAUAGUAUACGUGUACUUGUGUAAUUAAAAAAAUGGUCAGUGGUAUAAUUUUUUUCAUAAUUCACAAAAUUGUAAUAACAUAAUUGCAGACAAGCCACAGAACGGGUGGGGUUUGAAUCCAAGUGGCUUACACACUGGCCUGGACUUUUACGACUCAUUUACCGUGGAUUCAGAUCCAACCCACUCUGUGUUAUUUCAUAAUGUUUUGUUGAAAAUCAGUGCUGUAUGACCCUUUUAUGGGUUUAGUGCUUUCAGUGAAUAUAAUAAUUUGAUAAAAGUUAUACAUUAAGUUGUCUUGUUUCUAAAUUGAUAUUUGUUCUGGUAUUUGCAUUUAGGAUCAUGUCAACUAACUGUACCUAUGCAUAACCUUAUUAAGAUAGUAUAAUAAUUAUAGAUAUUAAAAAUCAAACUGAGGCUUGUACACUUGUUAUCACUAUGUGCUUAAUUUUGUACAGAUUUCAAACUUUCUGAGUGAAGAUAUAUUAAGAUUCUCCAGACAUUUAUCUGCAUAAAUGAUACCCAGAAUGUACCAUACAGAAUGACUCUCCUCAUGGGGGAUACCUUGAGGCUGAUGAAGGACUCUUGAUCUAAGAAAUUGAAACUCUCUUCUUCUUUUGAUCAAACCUGAUUACACCCAUUUCCAGGUGCUGUACAACCACCAUGAUUUUAGCAUUUCCUUACAAAUAUAAUAAUACAGACUCUAGCAAUAGUGGUAAGUUUUGAGUAACUUUGGUUAAUUUUAACCUUUGAUUCUGGAAGUUGUUGAAGAUUUCAAGACCAUUAAGUCCUAACUGACUAAAUUUAUUAAUAGUUAUAGACAAGACAAAGACAAAAUUUAUUUCUUUGCAUAGGUUACAAUGUAUGUUUGCAUUUUGUGUGUGUUGUUAGGUACA